UGCACUUUACUUUGAAAGAGAUCCAGCUGUGUACCGGAAGAGGACACCCUGCAGGUUCCUGUCUCAGCAGCUCGUGACCGGAGUUUCUCACCAUGAUUGACCCGGAGCAAAAUGGCCGGAGCGACGCUUCUAACUUCCGCAGCACACAGGAUGAAGCGUUCCCUCCCCUCCCCCCGCCUCACUCCCCGGGACAGGGGGGACAAGAUGACAGAGACCACUCUGGAAAUGAAGAGGAUGAAGAAGGAAACGUGUCCAAGCUGGCUGAGGUUCCUGCUGCCAAGAGGAAAGGAGUGAAGAGGCCGCAGCCCAAACUGGAUUCUAACAGGCUGAUCUCAGAGAGAGGACUCCCAGCUCUGAGAACGAUGUUUGACGACGUCCACUUCAGAGGCAAAGGACACGAGGCUGCUGAUCUGCGGCUGCUGAUGCAGAAGAUGGAGAACUGGGCUCACAGGUUGUUUCCCAAACUGCAGUUUGAAGACUUUAUUGACAAAGUGGAGAAACUGGGCACCAAGAAAGAAGUGCAGACUUGUCUCAAACGGAUUCGACUGGACAUGCCGCUGACACACGAAGACUUUGGGAACGAGGGUGAAGAGGCAGAAGCUAAACUGGAAACCCUUGAAGAUCCUGAUCCAUUUAGUGGAGCGCGUUUCACUAACGAAGCCCAAAGACCAGUCCACUCUACCCCCGCUCCAGCUGCUGCUCCUCCUCCGGCUGCCCCCUCCCUCACCGAGGAGCAGCAGCGACGCAUGGAGCUGAACCGACAGCGAGCUCUGGAGAGGAGGCUCGCCCGCCACAACCAGCAGCAGGAAGCAGACUCCACUGACUCUCAGGCCGUCGGCACACCAGCAGACGAACCCCCAUCUGUCUCUUCUGAAGAUGUCCUCAACGGAUCUGACGACCGGGGCAACGGAGACGAGGACGCGACGGAGCAUUUAGAGGUGGAGCCACACGGCAGCGGCACGCAACCACCCAGCCAGGCUCCACCCACAGAGUCCGAAGCUUCAGCUGAGUCCAGUCAGCAGGAGGACGAGACCCGACAGCGUCCAGACAGCAACGAGUGUGAGGACAGAGAUUAAUGCUCAGACACGUUACCUGUGAGGCAACGAGGUGUGUGUCUGUUUGUGUCUCUGUGUGUGUGUGUGUCUGUGUCUCUGUGUGUGUGUGUGUGUGUGU